GCUCUCCAAGCAAAGUGGUAGAAUUUUAGGUCAUGGAAAAUUUGUUGACAUUGGCAACGAUAGUUCUGUUUAAUUUUUUUCCAAAUAUUUGAAGCAAAAUGACUGUUAGCGGCCGCCCAAAGUAUUUUACCCCCAAGGAAGUUUCAGUUCACAAUACUACAGAUGAUCUGUGGGUAUCAUUUCUUGGUAAAGUCUACAAUCUCACACCACUUUGCGAGAAAUAUAAAGGAGAUAUAUUACUGAAACCAAUUAUUUUAUCUGCUGGAAAGGACAUUUCACAUUGGUUCAACAGCAAAACUAAAGAUAUUCGCACACAUGUUGAUCCACAGACCAACUGCAUAAUUCCAUUCUGUCCUAAUGGCAGAUUUGUGCACAUACCCCCACCUUACCCAGACUCAAACUGGGCCAAUGACUUUGGCCGUCCUUGGUGGAAAGAUACUGCUCUUGUAGUUGGUAUCUUAUCUAGUAAAACUAGAAUCAUCAAAAUUGUCAACACACUAACCUCACAAGAACAAGUCAUUGAGGUUUGUUCUGAAGAGAUUAUGUCUGAGAUUCAAGACAGAUACAUGAAAUACAACGCUCAUGCUGGCAGCUAUACCUGGAAAUAUGAGGGAAAGAAUCUUGACAUGAGUAAAACUCUUACAGAGAAUGGAAUAGAGGAUGAGGAUGAAGAGUUUUAUCAGCUCAGCAUGAAUGAUGACACAUACCUUCAGUCUAUCCAGCUCUACUUCAAUGAUGAUCUCACGGAAGCCUAAUUUCAGAGAACCCUGGAGUUGCUCAGAACAAAUGUUUUUUUGUUUUUUUUUAAAGUUAAAAUUUUGAUAAAAAAAACUUUGCACAUCAAAUAUGCUCUGGGGCAAUGUGAUACAUUUACUUAUAAUUUUGUGGUUUAAUUAUUUGAUUGUAUUAUGUAUAUAAAUAUUGAAAUUUGGUAUAAUCUGUCUAGGCUAGCCACCAGGAAUAAGGAUAUGUUAUUAAAAAAAGUAAAAGUCUCUUAGAUCUAUGGGGUCAGAGAUAGCUUUUGCUACUGUCCAUGCGACUCACAUAAUGCCAAACUACUUCACUUUCUCAUCCAAAAAUGGUCAGGUAUUUUCAAUAGCUGAAUGGAUUUGAGCCUUUGAACAGGCCAAAAUUAAGUCUAAUCCUCCACCAAGAUUAAAACAUGAGAAACUAAUCACUUGACCAAAAUGAUUGAUCAAAUAGCGAAUGGGUUCAAUUAUGUUCAGAAGAAAGUGGCCCUAUCUCAACUAAAUGUAACUUUUGCCUUAAAUUUUAUGACAAUACUUGUCAUUAAAAUCAUCAACUUUUUUGGUAAAUGGCAAAAAAAAAUAUUACUGUCUUUGGUCUUCUUAUCAUUAUUGAAAGUUUUCAAGCAAUCAACUUUCAUCAUUGUGUUGUCAGUUAAAAUCAUCAACCAUAUUAUAUGUUCUUUCUUCUAUUUAUUAACUAUGAAAUAGAUACUUAAAAAACAAAUGAUGAAUGUUUACAUUUUCUUUCAAAUAAAGUUUCAAAAAUUGUAUGAAAAAAAAAUAACAUAGAAGCAAAGAGGUAAGUCUAAUAGAACAAUUAACAUAAUUAUAAAUCUGAAUUGUUUCCUUGCUUGCGUCUCAAGAUUUUAAAACUGGUGAAUUGCAAGAAUAAUUCACAACUUUCAUAAUCAAAGACAACUGAUUGUAGAUUUCUCAAGAUAAUAAACGAUUGUGCUUUUUAAUAGAGUUCUAACUGCACUGUCCUAGACACUGUGCUUUUUUCUCUCAUAAAAAGACCUUUUAAACUGAUUAUGUGACUAAUUCAGGUGUUGAGAUGCAAUGUAUGUGUAUACACAAGUGGUAUUAGUGAAAUUGUCCUUAUUCAUAAAAAUAGCACCUAUCCCUGUGGUGCUGUUUAUUCCUUGGCAUGCAUUAGAACACCCUGAUCUUGCUAACACUAUGUUACUCCUACAGUGCAGCAGCUAAAAGCUGAUUAAAAGAUUGGAAUUUGUUUACUGUACAAGAAGAUUUCAUUCAGAUAAAGAAUGCUUAUAAUCAUCAUAUAAAUGUUGUUUUAUUGAUACUGUUUAUCUACAAGCCAAACAAAGCAUGCACUUUGUUUACUAAGCGAAACAAAUAAACAAAACCUUUAUGAUAUGAAGCGAAA